ACAAAGAAAAGAAAACUAAACUUUUAUAUCCCCACAACGGUAAUCUUUGGUGGUCCUCUAAUAGGAAGACUUCUGGGGAUUCUCACAUAGCCAACUCUCGUCUAUAGGCAACGAGAAAGAAGUCCAAGGUGAAGAGAACUUGUCUCUAGCCAUUGUAUUCACACCCAUUUGCAGAAGGAAUGGACAGGGGCAAAGGAGAGGAGGGCUCCGAAAAUUACGUUGAGGGAGGAUACCACCCUGUGAAUAGAGGCGAUCUCUUGAAUGAAGAGCGCUAUGUGGUGCAAUCCAAGCUGGGCUGGGGCGGUUUUUCCACUGUUUGGCUUGCCUGGGACACCCAACUCAACAAAUAUGUGGCCCUCAAGAUAUCAAGGAGCAAAGAUUAUUUUAGAGAAACGGCCCUUCGUGAGAUUGAAACCCUGAAAGUAAUAUCAGAGGCGGAUCCAGAUGAUAAAGAAUGUGUUGUUAAAUUGCUUGAUUAUUUCAUGCACAGUGGACCAAAUGGGAAUCAUGUGUGUUUGGUUCUUGAGCUUUUAGGAGACAAUUUAAGGACACUUCUCAAACAUUAUAGCGGCAAGGGUAUUCCAUUGAACAAGGUAAAGGAAAUCUGUUUUCAUAUCUUGCGAGGACUUGACUUCUUGCAUGGGAAACUUUCAAUUGUUCACACAGAUCUCAAACCAGAAAACAUUCUUUUGCUAUCCACCAUUGACCCCAAGAAAGAUCCAAAGAAGCUUGGUGUCCCACUUAUACCUUCUUCUAAUAAAGGUAAAUCCAUCAUUGCUACAAGCUCUUCUUCUGGAUCAAAUAUUUGCAAGAAAGGAAAUCAGCAGAUAAGAUCGAAUCAGAAGGGGAAAUUAGUAGCUCAAGAUUGCGGGACUGCAGCAAAUGAAGAAGAGGAGAAAUUGGGUGUAGAAGCCCAAACAAGGACAUGGGGCAAUGAAAAGAUCUUGUCUGGUGCCUGGGAAGGAAACCUUGCUCAGAGAAUUAGAGAACUCAAUAUUAACAGCCUUUCUGAGAAGCAGAAUUCAAUGUCGUCCCUUGAUCUUAAGUGCAAGAUAGGUGAUAUGGGUAAUGCUCGCUGGCUUCCUAUUGAUAAAAUGGGUCCUAUUCAAACACAUCGUUACAAGUGUCCAGAGACCCUUCUGGGAUCUUCAUUCUCUACUCCAGCAGAUAUAUGGUCUGUUGGAUGCAUUGCCUUUGAGCUUGCCACAGGUGAUUUCUUGUUUAGUCAUCGAGCGAAGAACAAUCAAGAGAAGCUUGUAAAUCACCUGGGCUUAAUGAUUGAACUCCUUGGUGUGAUGCCCUGGGGAGUUGCUACGGGUGGCAAGGUUUCUAGAGAUUUAUUCGACAACAAGGGUAAUGUAAAAGGCUAUAGGAAGUGUGGAAGGAAAUUGAUCGAUCUGCUUCGAGAUAAAUUUGGGUAUGCCAAAAAGAAUGCAGAUGAUUUCAGAGACUUUCUUGUUCCUCUCUUACAUUUUGUACCGGAAAAGCGACCCACUGCAAUGCAAGCCCUUCUUCACCCCUGGCUUGGUGGUGGGCCCCGCCUUCUUCAACCAUCAUCAUCCGCAGCCCAAACACAGCAAAAUGCUGAGGUUAUUCCAGAAGAGAAGACAGCAGUUUAGUGAGAAAGAGUAUGAUUCAUGUGGAAAAUGUUGCGAUUUAAUGUCAACCUGUCAAAGUGACAUGCAGUUAUGUGAAUUUGGAUAAAUCAAGAAAUGGUGUAACAAUCUGUGAAGCAAGAUUAUUUGUCCCCUGUAAACUGCAAUCAUGCGCAGAGAUUUUCAAUGAUAUAUGUUUUUUCAAUGUUAUUUGUACUAAGUUCUCAUUAUUUUAAUAUCACCUGUUUGAGUUCGUUAAGUUC